AUGGCAGUGAUCUACGAUUUGGGAGCAAUUUCUAGUGCCGUUGUUAUUAGUAUAGGGCUCCGGAAUGGCUCCGAAACCUGGGGGAUCGGUGCCUUUCAUGACUCCAGGCCGAUCACCCUGAACGUAACAUUCUUAAACACUCAGCACCUCUCUUUUGUAUCUAGCUACUCUGCGCAUACAGGAAAUAUGUUAGCCAAAUCAGGCUCCGCAACUGAGCAUAAACAGCAGAUCCAUUAUACUCCGCACCGACAGAAAAGAAAGUCCCCUUUUCAGCCAGGCCAGCCAGGAGAGAGCGGCUUACAGUGGGGGUCUGACCCGAGUUUCUGCUAUCAUGGAUUCUCCGGCCCUAUCGGAACAUGGACGGAAGAACGACUCUUGCGAGACCUCAUGCGCAAUAUGGCCUUCAUGUGGUGUGGAAGGAAUAUCGACCAGCACAUGUAUAACCAUUUAAGCUAUAUUCAAGGGAGACCUGUUGAGACACAGGACCAGACAUCCAACCAGGCCAACGAACAGUCAUUUCUGCAUUUUGGCACAAGUCAGAUGACUAUGACUUCUCCUUCCCAUUCUGCGUCACCAUCCCAGUCCACGGAAGAUGAUGAAACCAAAGCGGUGACAACACCCAACAAGAAGCGAAAAUGUGUGCAGAAGCCUGGGCAGGCGCUUUGCCAUUGCCGCUCGGAAAAGAAAAGGAGAGAGAUUGUCAGUCAAGGGUAUAAAGACCUGUCAAAUCUUGUGCCGGGUCUUGAAACGCAAAAUUUUACGAGAAAAUAUAUCUUGGAUGAGACGGCAAAAUAUAUCGAAAAGCUAUUGCGAGGGAACAACGAUCUCCGGGAGCAAAUAGCGGCUCUUGACAAAUUGAAUAAUUCAGAGAGUCCUAUCGAACAUUUCAAAAUGGAGUCAGGCUAA